GAGGACAGCCAGUAAUGGAGUAUAUGAGCAUCGAAAGUGACAAUAAAGAGGAGAUUGACUUAUUGCUAAGAGAUUUAAAUAUGUCUGAAGUCAUUGACAUCAUGGAGAACCUUUACCCGAACGGAGACCUGGCAGUUUAUGAAGACAGCCUCAUCUCUCUGUGUCCGGAGAAUAAUAAAAAUGAGGACCGCGCAGACUCCUUGCUGUUCAGCGGAAGGGAGGUUUCCCUGUUGUCGUCUGUCAAGUAUGGGACCGUGGAAGACUUGCUUGCUUUUGCAAAUCAGAUAUCAAAUGCCACAAAGCAGUUCGGCCGGCUCCGAAGACAGGAAUCCGGGAUCAUAUUAAACAUGAUCAGUCCUAAAAACGGACGCUAUCAAAUUGACUCGGAUGUUCUCCUGUUUCCAUGGAAGCUAACCUAUAGAAAUAUUGGUUCUGACUUCAUUCCACGAGGAGCUUUUGGGAAAGUUUACUUGGCCCAAGAUACAGAAACCAAAAAGCGAAUGGCCUGCAAACUGGUACCAGUGGAACAAUUUAAGCCAUCAGACGUGGAGAUCCAGGCCUGCUUCCGCCACGAGAACAUUGCAGAGCUUUACGGAGCCAUCUUGUGGGAUGAGACAAUCCAUCUUUUCAUGGAGGCAGGAGAAGGCGGCUCCGUCCUGGAGAAGGUGGAGAGCUGUGGACCGAUGAGAGAGUUUGAGAUCAUUUGGGUGACAAAGCACAUCCUCAAAGGACUCGAGUUUCUUCACUCAAAGGGAGUUAUACAUCAAGAUAUAAAACCAAGCAACAUUGUUUUCAUGUCAACCAAAGCAGUUCUGGUGGAUUUUGGUCUCAGCGUUCAAAUGACAGAAGACAUUUACUAUCCCAAAGACCUCCGAGGAACAGAGAUUUACAUGAGCCCAGAAGUGAUUCUCUGCCGGGGCCACACUACCAAAGCUGACAUCUACAGCCUGGGAACAACCAUUAUUCACAUGCAGACUGGCAGUCCACCGUGGGUGAAUCGAUAUCCUCGCGCUGCAUACCCGUCCUACCUUUAUAUAAUACAUAAGCAAGCGCCGCCGUUGGAAGAUAUUGCAGAAGACUGCAGCACCGGCAUGAGAAAGUUUCUGGAGGCCACCCUGGAAAGGAACCCAAACCAGAGGCCUUCUGCCAAGGAGCUACUGAAGCAUGAGGCUUUGCACCCGCCGAGAGAGGAACAGCCUCGGUGCCAGAGUCUGGACUCGGCCUUGUUUGAAAGGAAAAGACUGCUGACCAGGAAGGAGCUGGAAUUGCCAGAGAACAUUGCUGAUUCUUCAUCUCUUGGGAUUUCUGAGGAAUCGGAACUGCUGAAGAGACAACGAUCGCUGUACAUAGACUUUGGGGCGCUAGCUGGCUACUUCAACAUUGUCCAGGGAUCAACAACCCUAGAUUAUGAGUAGAUCUAGGA